AUGAGAUACAACCCGGAGAUCCUCUCGAUUCUCACAGGCGUCCUGGGCUUUCUGUUGACCUUCGUUAGUAGCUUUCCUGCAGCACGCAAGCUACACCAACGAUGGGUCCACGAGACCCAGCCGAUCCGCCUGGAGACCGCGUCUUCGCGGGGCAAACCACUCUACCAAGAUGAAGAUGGGGAGGCAACCGAUCGUUCCGUACACCAAUGCACGGAUACCUGGCAGAAGUUGCUCAUUGCCAUUCUGUCCGUGACCGGUCUGGAGUUAUCCCUGGCGUUGGCUAUCGUGUCCUUGCAGUCCGCGUCAAGUCCGUUCGUGGUUCCCUUCUGGUUGGAGGCCGGAGGCUGGGUGAUAUUAUGUCUUCAGUCCGUCGCCUUUUUCACCGAGCCGUCCAUCGUGGACCGUCAUAUCCUCGGUAUCUACGCGUUUGGAGCUAGUUCCGUCAUGGCAAUUGUCCCAUGCAUCCAGGUCAGCCUACUCUGGGGCGCAGGGUAUACCAUUUACAUCGAUCGUGCGUCAACAGGACUCUUUGUCAGCCAGACCGUCACUGCAGCUUUGCGAGCGGUUUGCUGUAUCCUGAUUCCCCGACGUCCCCACGUCUACCACGAAGGACAAAUCGUUGAUCAAGAGAGAACUGUUAGCUUGUACAGUCGGCUAACCUACGGAUGGGCGAACGGGGUGCUUCGGCAUGCAGCCCAGUCGAAAUGCCUCGCAAUCAACGAUCUGCCGAAGUUGCCAUUUGUCGCGCGUGCCGCCACUCUCCACACUCGAUUCGAACAGAUGCUUGGGUCACGGAAGCUAUGGAAAGCACUGCUAAUGGGUCAUGUCAAGCCUCUGGCGGUCCAAGCCGGGCUCAGUCUAGCGACAUGCCUCCUAGGGUUUGGUCCCCAGGUAGCAAUGUACGGCAUUCUCAAGUCCCUGGAAAAUCGCUCUCUAGGAUCCGGGGAGACAACGCCAACAUAUGUUUGGGUCAUCGGACUUGGCGGAGUACUCAUCUUGUGUCUUGGAAUCGAGUCCUGGCUGUGGUGGAUAAUCUACUCGCAACUCUGGAUCCCCAUAUAUGAAGGUCUUACGGCCUUGGUGUUUGCCAAAGCAAUGCGUUGUAAGGACGUUAAGCACGUGAAACAGUCGACUUCCGAGAAAGCACGAGACGACGAAGAGGAUGAGGAUGAGGAAGAGCGCAAGAGCCGUCAAAGCGUCAUCAACCUCGCCUCCGUCGACUCCAAACGAAUCGCCGACUUUGCCACCUUCAACUAUUUAAUCCCAUCAUGCAUCCUUCGUCUGGUCCUUGCCGGAGCCUUUCUGCUCCAUCUAGUCGGCUGGCGAAGCCUACUGGCUGGAGUCUCCAUGCUACUUCUCCUCAUGCCGGCCAACGCAUGGUUAACCAGAAGAUACGCAGCUGCUCAACAGGAACUCAUGAAAGCUACCGAUAAACGCAGCGCUGCGGUCACGGAGGUACUCCAGGGCAUCAGACAGAUCAAAUUUGCAGCCCUCGAAAGACAAUGGAAGGACUGUAUCUUGGAAAGACGUCGUGUCGAAUUGGGGUUGCUGUGGAAGACAUCGCUCUACACAACGGGAAUGGUGUCCGUAUGGGUCCUCGGCCCCCUGAUGCUCUCAGCAGCUUCCCUCACCGUUUAUGCGCUACAGUAUGGCGAACUGUCCGCUUCUGUCGCCUUCACUGCUCUCUCAGUCUUUGGAAACCUGGAGUCUGCAAUGGCCAGUCUGCCAGACUUGCUGUCCAAGGGGAUGGAGGCCAAAGUGAGCGCAGACCGCAUUGACAAGUACCUUGCAACCACAGAAAAACAACCGCAUACAACGGACACUAGCAGAAUCUCCUUCGAAGAUGCAGCUGUCGCCUGGCCUGCUGAAGAAGGGACGGCACUGGACCGCGAGUGGGAGACCGAUGACCGCUUUGUUCUGCGGGAUGUCACUCUGUCUUUCCCACCAAAGGGACUGAGCGUGAUUGCUGGAAAGACGGGCUCCGGGAAGAGUCUUCUUCUCGCCUCCAUUCUGGGAGAAGCUGAUGUCCUGGGUGGGUCAGUCUCUGUUCCGCAUGCACCUCCUCUUGAUGAGCGAUAUGAUCAUCGCGCCACAAGGGAAAAUUGGAUUCUUGACUCGGCUGUCGCAUACGUUUCACAGAACCCCUGGAUGGAAAAUGCCACCAUCAGAGACAACAUACUUUUCGGGCUCCCUUACAACUGGUCGCGCUACCGCAAAGUCGUAUUCGCCUCGGGUUUAGAGAAAGAUCUCAAGAUGUUGCCGGACGGGGAGCUGACCGAUAUUGGUUCCAAUGGCAUCAACCUCAGCGGAGGCCAGCGAUGGAGGAUCUCUUUUGCAAGAGCCUUGUACUCGCGGGCUGGGAUCCUGAUCAUGGAUGACAUCUUCAGUGCCUUGGAUGCGGAGACAGGAAGGCAUCUCUACGAUAAUGCUCUUACCGGUGAGCUAGGACAAGAUCGAACGAGGAUUCUUGUCACUCACCACGUCGGGCUAUGUUUGCCUCGCACCGACUACUGCGUUCUUCUCGACAAUGGCCGUAUGACUCAUGCUGGAACAGUCGAACAACUAACCAAUACCCCGGAGCUGGCAGACCUGCUGCAGGGACUUAGUACGGAGAUAGCGUCCCAAGAUCGCAAAGUCGUGCAGGAUGAAGUCCGAUCCCGCCGGAAACGUUCCUCGGCGCCUUCGCCGACCACGGCAAACAACAUACACAUUCCGAAGAAGUUCACCCAGGCUGAAAAGAGGGAGACAGGAUCGAUAUCAAUCCGAGUCUAUGCGGCCUAUUUAAGCAGAGGGCGCAGUCUACCAUCGUGGAUCCUGACUUUCAUCGCGUACGGGCUUUUCAUGGCGCUUUUAGUGGGUCGGUCGUGGUGGGUGAGCGUAUGGACUUCACCCUCGAAGGAAGUGUCGGCUGUUUUGGAUCGGCUUAACCAAACCUCGGUCGACCGCGACCUUAUCUUCUAUCUCAGCAUCUAUAUCGUCCUUUCCCUCGCCGCUUGUAUCCUUGGCUCCCUGCGGUAUCUGGCGAUCUCCCUGGCAUCCCUGCAGUCAUCACGACAAAUGUUUGAAGAUCUACUGGGAAGAGUGCUGCAUGCACCGUUGCGUUGGCUAGACACCGUACCGCUCGGCCGCGUUCUCAACCGCUUCACAUCCGACGUUUACAUUCUAGACUGGCGGCUGGGUUAUGACAUGGGCCACUUUCUAUACAAAUUUCUUGAGCUAGCCGGAAUCCUCGUUGCUGGAGUGCUGGUUUCGCCUGUCAUUCUCAUUUUCGGUCUAGUGUUGAUUGCACUGUGCUACCAUAUUGCCCGGUUAUUUCUGGCAGGCGUACGAGAAGUCAAGCGACUGGAAAGCAUCUCCAAAAGCCCGGUCAUGGAGCAAUUCGGCACCAGCCUAGCGGGACUCAUGACAAUCCGUGCCUUCAACAAGAUCGACGUUUACAUCCGACAAAUGUACGCCCGCAUCGACCGCCAUGCUCAGACGGCAUGGUAUCUCUGGCUCUUUAAUCGUUGGCUUGCUCUGCGGAUGAGCAUUGUCGGUGCGCUCUUUUCCACCGGAACCGCAGCCUUGGUUGUCUAUUCCCCAGGGAUGUCUGCUGCCUUGGCGGGCUUUGCGGUCACCUUUGCUUUGCAAUACAACUACGCCGUUUCCAUGGGGUUGCGUUUCUACGCUGAUCUGGAAAUGGACAUGACCGCGACGGAGCGCGUUCUCGAGUACUCCAACAUCGAGAUUGAAGAUCAGGAUGGCUAUGAGCCUCCGGCCGCAUGGCCCCUGCGCGGACGAGUGGAAGUGGAAGACCUCGUCGUGGGCUAUGCGCCGGAUCUUCCGCCGGUCUUGAACGGGCUCAGCUUUACUUUGGAGCACAACCAACGCGUCGGUGUGGUGGGCCGCACUGGCGCUGGGAAAUCUUCGCUGACGCUGACCUUGUUCCGCUUUCUCGAAGCGCGCGCGGGCCGUAUCGUCGUGGACGGACUCGAUGUGUCGAAGAUGAAUCUACAGGCCCUGCGCAGCCGCCUAGCCAUCAUCCCGCAAGACCCGGUCCUGUUCUCCGGCACGGUCCGCUCCAAUCUCGAUCCGUUCCAUGAGUAUACCGAUCUCGAGCUCUACAACGCACUGGAACGCGUCCAUCUUUUGUCUUUCGAGGAUACGCUUACCCUCGGUUCGCAAUCGAGUCAUGAGCCGCUCAGCGGCAGCGAUACUCUGGCCUCAUCGGCAUCGUCCACCGCUGGCCCGGCAAAGCUGCCCGGUUUCUUUUCCUCUUUGUCGUCGCCUAUCUCUGAAGGCGGGCUCAACCUGAGCCAGGGCCAACGCCAGCUUUUAUGCCUCGCGCGUGCCAUUGUGACGCACCCGAAGAUCAUGAUUCUCGAUGAGGCCACGUCAGCGGUCGAUAUGGAGACGGAUGCUCUGAUUCAGCGCUCCAUCCGUGCUGAAUUUGGCCGCAACGCUUCCUCGUUGCUAGUCAUCGCGCAUCGCCUCAGCACCAUAGCCGACUUUGACCGCAUCCUCGUCAUGGAUGCCGGUCGUGCGGUGGAGUUUGGGACCCCGCAGGAUCUAAUGCGUAUCCCAGGCGGCGUUUUCCGAAACCUGGUUGAGAACAGUGGCGAAAAGAGUGUAGUGGAGGAGAUGAUCUUUGGCGCCCGACAGUGA